AUGGGAGACGCACCGCCUGCUCAGGACCGCAUCCUCAUCGCCAAUGCCGGCGGGAUCUCGCCGGCUCUCCUCGAGGAGAUCCAGGCAAAAUUCCCCAGCGCGGAUAUCACAUACCUCAAGCUUGAGAACUUUACGCCAAUUCCCAUUGCAGAAUACGCCAGAAGAGCCACCCAUAUUGUGACGUUCAGCAAUCUUCCCAGUGUCGAGGAUGUGUCCGAGGUCAAGCUCAUCCAUCUCUUCUCCGCCGGGGUCGACCACAUAAUGACCCACCCCAUUGUCCAAGAGACCAACAUCCCGCUCACCUCCAGCUCGGGCAUCCACGGACCCCCCAUCGCCGAAUGGGUCAUCAUGAACUGGCUGGUCGCCUCCCGGCGAUUCGUCUCCAUCUACAAGAGCCAGGAACAGCACGUCUGGGGCAAGUACGGAGACUGGAUGACCGGUGUCCGCGACCAGGUUGGCCGUAAGGUCGGGAUUCUAGGCUACGGAAGCAUUGGUCGACAGAGUAUAAUCCUCUCUCAUAAUCCCCAUCUACUCACCAAACAACAAAACGGCACAGUCGGCCGCGUCGCCUCCGCCCUAGGCAUGAAAGUCUAUGCCCACACCGCAUCCCCGCGGCCGACCCCGGCCUCCCGCAUCGACAGGGGAUACAUCGUGCCCGGCACCGGCGACAGGGAGGGCACAAUUCCCGUGUCGUGGCACCACGGGACGGACCGCGCCUCCAUCCGCGAGUUCCUCGCGCUGGGACUGGACCAUCUCGUUAUCGCCCUGCCCUUGACCCCGCAGACGACACAUCUUCUCGGCGCCGCGGAGUUCCAAUUGCUGGCGGAGCAUGCGCCGUCGAAACCCUAUGUGACGAACAUUGCCCGCGGGAAGAUUGUGGACCAGAAAGCAUUGGUGGCGGCGCUGCAGGACGGGGUGCUCGGCGGGGCUGCGCUGGACGUGACUGACCCCGAACCCUUGCCCGCGGAGGAUCCGCUGUGGGAUGCGCCCAAUGUGCAGAUCAGUCCGCAUAUCAGCGGUGCCGGGAUGGAGUAUAUUCCACGGUCACUGGAUAUCCUGAAGGAGAAUCUGGGGCGGCUUGCGCGGGGGGAGGAGAUUCUAAAUGAGUAUAAGCGGGGGAAGGGGUACUAG